AUGAUAUCGCAUUUCGACGAUGCGCUGCCUCUUGCGCAUUGGCCGGCGUGCGCUGGCGCCUGCGACCCGGGCAGCAGUGCGCUCACCUCUCCCAUUUUCGACCAAGAUCGUGCCGAUCGCUACCUCAGCGCUGUCCCCGCCGCUGUCGCAAUGGCGGUGCUUCUGUUGCAUGCCCUGCUGCCGCUUCUGAAACGAAGACCCCAGUGGUCCAAGCGAUUCGCCGCCGAGCUACCCUCGCACGCAACCCGCAAGACAUGGACCCACUGGACUGCCAUUCUUCUCGUCCUAUCGUCUGUUGCUCUCGUGCUGGCUAUAGCUGCUUCCGCUCUGCCUCCUCGGGAGCCUCUCGCAGCCCUCACCGCCAUCGCUCUUCUCAUUGUGGCCAUUGAACGCCCAAAGUCUACUCCUCUGACCCUCUUGGCGCUUUUGAUCACUAUUUUCGUGUGUCAACUGGCUUCUUUGGUUCUGACGGCUUCCGCAUCAAACGCCCUUUUGGGCUUGGCCAUUUCAGAAACAUGCAUCUCCGCCCUUGCGGUUGCUGCCAUCUUCGCCAUGCCCAUGCGAGAUCCAAACCAGCCCACCACUGGCAUCAGCAAGCCUUUUUCGUCUCCAACUUCUGAGCUGCGGAGUCCAGAGGAUAACCUCACUCUCUGGCAGUUUCUGACCGUGUCUUGGAUGACCCCCCUAAUCGCUCGCGGUGCAAAGAGACAGCUGAACGACGGAGACGUUUGGUUCCUGCCCUAUGAUUUCCAACAUGGCCGCCUCCACACCCUGUUUAGAGAACUCAAAGGAAGUGUGGUCAAGCGGCUCUUGCUGGCUAAUGGUUUGGACCUGAUCAUCACCACCACGCUUGCCAUCUUGGAGUCUGCAGCGAAUCUCGUUGUUCCCGUCCUGCUUCAACAACUCCUACGUGCCAUCGAACACGGUGGUUCCGGCAGGAAAGAAGCCGUCGUGUUUGCCACUUCCAUUUUCGCUGUUCGCAUGAUUGCUGCCCAGUCUGCCGUCGUCUCCUUGUGGUAUUGCAGACGGUGCUACGAGCGAUCCAGAGGCGAGAUGAUCACCAUGAUAUACGAAAAGACCCUGACUCGCAAAUCUUUCGGUGCCUCGGAGAACGAAAAGAAGAAGCAGGACGAAAACGAAGCUCUUGGUGUCAGCAGCGAAAGUGAGAGCGACCAGUCCUCCACCGAGUUAACCAAAGAAAAGGGCCUUCUUGCGCGUCUCCUGUCUCGUCUCAGGAGAGCGCAAGCCGAUGAAAAAGCCCACAAAAAAGCAGCAAAGCAGCCCGCUUCAAUGGGAAAGAUUCUUAAUCUGAUGAGGUUUUGGGAAUUUCCGGAUAUUUUCACGAAGCCACUGCGGAUGAUCGUUUCCGUCAUUCUCAUCUGGAAGCUCCUUGGAUGGCCCUGUCUGUUCGGCGUCACUGUCAUUAUCCUCGUUCAACUUCUCAACGCUGUAUUCGUCCGACUGCUGCUGCACUGGGAGCGCAUCCGGCGCGUAGCCACUGACCAGAGGCUCCAUGCGACAUCACAGUUCAUCGAGGCCAUCCGACACCUUCGAUGGUACGAUUGGCAGGACCAAUGGCUGGGCAAGAUCAUGGAUGCCAGACAGCGCGAACUGAACCUCAGAGUCAUCACCACCAUGCUACAGAUGCUGAUCGGUUCGAAUAAUAUAAUGGCUGGCUGCCUGUUCCCCGUCUGCGCCUUCUUCGCGUAUACCCUGCUUGCUGGAAGAACGCUAUCGGUGGACGUUGCUUUCCCUGCACUGCAGCUCUUCAACAUGCUGGCGGUCAGUCUUCGGGAGCUGCCAGGUCUCAUCACGACCUUGCUCAACGCCUCUGUGGCCGUCGGCCGUAUCAAUGACUUCAUGGCUGAGCCCGAUAAGGAGGAGGAAUACUCGGAGCUUCGGGGAACUGACAUUGCCUUCCACGAUGCCACCUUUGCCUGGCCCGGCUCCGCAAACACCGUCUUGGAUGAUUUGAAUCUUCAGUUUACUACCGGUUUGACCGUCAUUGUUGGCAAAGUUGGCACAGGUAAGUCGGCUCUCCUCCAAGCAGUCCUUGGAGAGCUCGAUAAGCGAGCCGGUGAUGUCGUUGUGCCGGAUGAGAUGAUCGGUUACUGCGCUCAAACCCCGUGGCUUCAGCACAUGAGCAUCAGGGAAAACAUUCUCUUCUCAUCGCCGCUGGAUGAGGCGCGGUAUAAGCAAGUCUUGGAAGCCUGUGCCUUGACCCCUGACAUGGCGAACUUCAAGCACGGUGACCUCUCCGACUUGGGCGAGAAUGGCGUUGGCCUUUCCGGUGGACAAAGAGCCAGAGUCGCGCUUGCGAGGGCAAUCUACAGCCCAGCACGGACGCUUUUGCUGGAUGAUCCUUUGGCUGCUCUGGACCACAACACCGCCGAGACCAUCGUCAACAGACUUUUGCGCGGCCCUCUCGUUGAAGGGCGCACCAUCCUACUCGUCACUCAUCGAGUUGAUUUGGUGUGCCAUCUUGCAGAUCAAAUAGUGGAGAUCCAAGAUAACAAGGCGCGACUAGUAGAUGCUGAAGCUCUGACUGCCGAGUUACAUGGGCCGGAUGGUGUUCAGGACGCGGCCAUUGCCCCUAUCGAAGAUGACUCUCCCGAGGAGAGCGGGCAACCUGACUCGGAGCCAGAUAAGUUCAUCGAAGAAGAGGGCAGGAAACAUGGUGAAGUCGUCGCAGCCGUCUACUGGGAGUACAUCAAGGCAGGCAAGAUAAGAUGGUGGAUCACCCUCGUCGUCAUCUUCGCCCUGUUCCGAGCUGUCAGGCUGUUCAACUACUGGUUUCUCAAGGCUUGGGGAGAGGCCUAUGAGCAAGUCGGCGAACAGUCCAUCUCUUUUGGCUUCUCGGGUUUCUUCGACAGACUUCCGCCGCCAGAAGCCAAUGUGCGGCCGUGGCUGCUUUGGUACUUCCUCAUCGCCAUGCUUUUGACAGCCAUGUACUUCAUCUCGGACGUGGCGCUGCUCAUCAUAGUCUACACAGCAGGUAAACGCCUGUACAGAGAAGUCAUGUGGAAGGUCAGCCGCGCCAACUUCCGCUUCUACGACGUCACUCCGGUCGGGCGGUUGAUGAACCGUGUCACGUCAGACAUCGGGACGCUGGAUGGUGGGAUAGGCGAUCAGCUUCAGAGUGUGGCGUGGUACCUCAUCGGCUGGGUUGCGGCCAUCGUUGUGAUUGCUUCCGUCACCCCCUUGUUCCUCAUCGUGUCUCUCGUGCUUACCGUGUGGUUCGUCUACAUCUUCAUGCGCUUCUUGCCGACUUCGCAAAGCCUUCGCCGGCUCGAGAUGGUCUCCCUUAGUCCGCUCAUGUCCAAUUUCGGCAUCCUACUCAAUGGCUUGACCACCAUUCGAGCUUUCCGCGCCCAGCCCCGUUUCCAAGACCGCGUCAUCGCCGUGACAGACGCGUUCCAAAAAAUGGACCACUUCUACUGGAGCCUCCAAGCAUGGCUCACCUACCGCUUCGACGCGCUAUCCGCCUUCUCGACGUUCGGCCUCGCCCUGCUCGCCCUCUACGAGGACCUCACACCCGGCCUGACAGCCUUCAUGCUCACCUCGGCCUCCAACUUCGUCCUCUUCACCCACUCCCUCUGCAAGCAAUACGGCAAGCUCCAAAUGGACUUCGUCUCGGUCGAGCGCGUCGUCGAGCUCCUCCACCUCUCCGAAGAGCCCGCAGGCACGCACACGCCGCCGCCGCACUGGCCCGACGCCGCCUCGGACAUCGUCCUCUCCAACGUCACCAUCCGAUACGCGCCGCACCUCGAGCCCUCCCUCUCCAACGUCACGCUCCGCAUCCCGGCGGGCUCGACCUGCGCCGUCGUCGGCCGCACCGGCUCGGGCAAGUCGACCCUCGCCCUCGCACUGCUCCGCACGGUUAGCCCAUCCGCCGAAGAAGAGGACGACAGCGUCGGCACCAUCACCGUCGGCGGCGUCGACCUCGCCACCGUCGACGUGCACGCCUGGCGCCAGCGCGUCACCUUCGUCGCCCAAGACCCCGUCCUCUUCCCCGGCACCAUGCGCGACAACCUCGACCCCACGCACGCCUUCCCCUCCGCCCAGUGCGCCGCCGUCCUGGACCGCGUCCUCAACGAAAACAACAACAACAACAACACUCCCACCACAACCGACGCCAAACACUGGACCCUCUCCUCCCCCAUCGCCCCCGGCGGCAAGAACCUGUCGCAAGGCCAGCGCCAGCUCGUCGGGCUCGGCCGCGCCAUACUCCGGCGCAGCCCCGUCGUCGUGCUCGACGAGGCGACGGCCAGCAUCGACUUGGAGACGGCGGCCGCGAUCCAGGCGCUGCUGCGGGCGGAGCUGCGCGAGAGCACCGUCGUCACCAUCGCGCAUCGGGUGGAGGCGGUGCGGGGCGCGGAUUUCGCGGUCGUGCUGGAGAGGGGGAGGGUGGUGAGGGCGGGGAGGGUGGAGGAUGGUCAGGGGAUUGAGGGGGAUGUGGGGGGUGGUUUGGGGGGUGGUGGGGAGGGGAGUGGGGAUGUAGAAGAAGAGGAGGAUGGGAGGGAGGGUUGA